AUGGAUUCGAAUCAGAGAAGAAAAAGUGGGAUUAAUCUCCCAUCUACAAUGUCUCAAACCUCGUUACGCCUCGAAACAUUUUCGGGUUCUUCUCCUUCGUUUCAAUCAACAUCGAAUUUGCCUUCGCCGUUGGCAAUGUCACCGAGGACUAUAUCGAAUUUAUCUUCGCCAUCAAAGUCUGUGACAUGUAGUGACAGGUUUAUUCCAUGUAGAUCUUCGUCGAGGCUUCACACUUUCGGGCUUAUAGACAAGGCAUCCCCGGUGAAAGAAGGAGGAAACGAGGCUUAUUCGAGGUUGUUAAAGUCUGAGCUUUUUGGGUCUGAUUUUGGCUGUUUUUCUUCUCCUGCAGGUAAGGGGUCGCCGAUGAGUCCGAGCAAGAAUAUGCUGAGGUUUAAGGUGGAUGAUUCGUGUCCGAGUUCGCCGUAUUCGCCUUCGAUCUUGGGGCAGGAUAGUGGGUUGUCUGGUGAGGUUUCGACACCGCCCAAACCGCCUAGGAAGGUGCCCAAGACACCCCAUAAGGUAACAAAGUUGUGUGACUUGGGACCUAAUGAUGGUGUGUGCUCAGUCCAGUGGACACGAGAGGGUUCAUACAUAUCAAUUGGUACAAGUCUUGGUCAAGUUCAGGUUUGGGAUGGGACUCAGUGCAAGAGGGUUCGAACAAUGGGUGGUCACCAAACAAGAGCCAGUGUUUUGGCGUGGAGUUCGCGAAUACUAUCAUCUGGAAGCAGAGACCGAAACAUACUUCAGCAUGAUCUCCGUGUGUCUACUGACUUUGUUAGCAAGCUUGUUGGACACAAAUCAGAGGUUUGUGGGUUGAAGUGGUCUCAUGAUGACCGGGAACUUGCAUCGGGUGGCAAUGAUAAUCAGCUUUUGGUCUGGAAUCAACAUUCUCAGCAGCCAAUACUAAAACUUGCAGAGCACACUGCCGCUGUAAAAGCCAUUGCCUGGUCACCCCACCAGAAUGGCCUUCUUGCAUCUGGGGGUGGAACUGCUGACCGGUGCAUUCGCUUCUGGAACACUAUGAAUGGCAAUCAAUUAAACAGUGUCGACACAGGGAGCCAGGUAUGCAAUCUAGCAUGGAGUAGGAAUGUGAAUGAACUAGUCAGCACCCAUGGCUACUCCCAAAAUCAAAUUAUGGUGUGGAAGUAUCCAUCAUUGGCGAAGGUUGCAACUCUAACUGGCCAUAGUUUGCGGGUUCUCUAUCUUGCCAUGUCACCUGAUGGUCAGACAAUAGUGACUGGAGCAGGGGAUGAGACACUGCGGUUUUGGAACAUCUUCCCAUCCAUGAAAACCCCGGCACCAGUGAAGAAUACAGGACUUUGGUCAUUAGGAAGAACUCAUAUUCGAUGA